GUCCCAGUUCUUGGAAAGCGUGGGACUUUCAAAGUAGAGGAACAGAUAUCUGACAAAAGUCCCUGCAGGCCUAGUGAUGAAUGGUGUGAUUAAACAGGAGCUUUCAGGCCAGAAAAAUGUACCCAGUGGAAAUUCAGAAGUGUUCCUCAAGGACUGUGUUUGCAAUGAAGUGAGAGACUUGAGCCUUCAGUCAUGUACCCAAGUCCCUACAUUUGCUGAGAGCAAGAAUGUUUUACAGUUGCGGCUGCAGCAGCGAAGAAGCCGAGAGCAGCUCGCCAACCAGGGAAUCAUGCCACCUCUGAAAAACCCCUCUCCCUUCCAUGAGCAAAAGAAGAGCUUGGAGAGAGCCAAGACUGAAGAUUAUUUAAAGCACAAGACCCGAAACAGACCUGAGCGCUCAGAACUGGUUGAUAUGCACAUUUUACAGGAUUCAGCCACAGAAGGGUCCGUUCAGGCUACUCAGAUGAAACUGAAAAGAGCCCGUCUUGCAGACAAUCUAAAUGAGAAAAUUGCUCUUAGGCCAGGUCCUCUGGAGCUGGUGGAGAAGAAUAUCAUUCCUGUUGACUCAGCUGUGAAAGAAGCCAUCAAAGGUACCCAAGCAAACUUCUCCAAAUCCUCAGAUGCUUUUGCUUUUGAAGAAGAUAGUAGCAAUGAUGGGCUGUCCCCAGAGCAGGGCAGAAGCGAGGAUUCCCAGGGAUCCACAGAAUCAGCAGCCGGAAUCAAAAUUUCAGAAGCAACAUUACCCACAAUGUCAGGGACAACUCAGGAUCAUUCCUGUGGCUCUGAAAAUGAUACGGCUGAUGUAACAUCUCUGAGGAAUGGCCAGCCAGAAAGUCCUAAACAACAGAAUGGGCAACAAACACCUCCUGGCACUGUUACCACAUCUGCAAAGUCAAAACCAUUGAGCGAUAGCAAGAAUCGCCACAAAAAGCCCAAGGAGAUGAAGCCAAAAGUGAAGAAGCUUAAGUACCACCAGUACAUUCCCCCAGACCAGAAGGCGGAAAAGUCCCCUCCGCCCAUGGACUCAGCCUAUGCAAGGCUCCUGCAGCAGCAGCAGCUCUUCCUGCAGCUCCAGAUCCUCAGCCAGCAGCAGCAGCAGCACCGGCACCAGCAGCACUUCAACUAUCCUGGGCCCCAUUCCAUGCAGCUGAAGCAACCCAAUGAGCAAAUGGCCAAAACCUCAAACUCUUCCCCAUCGACAGUCGCCAACAGCCCUCUUUCCCCUGGGAAGGGAAGUUUUUCAGGGCAAUCCUGCAUUUCGUCUCUCAAGCCAGGUCCUCUCCCAUCCAACCUGGAUGAUUUAAAAGUGUCAGAGCUGAGGCAGCAGCUCCGAAUAAGGGGCCUCCCUGUAUCAGGUACGAAAACAGCCUUGAUGGAACGCCUGCGGCCCUUCCAAGAGUGCAGCGGGGGUUCCGUGCCCAGCUUCAAUGAGAUAACCACCGUCACCUUCCCAGUGACACCAACCAACUCUCUCUCCAGCUACCAGUCGCAGUCUUCGACCAGCCUGCUGUCCAAUGGCUUUUACCACUUUGGCAGCACCAGCUCUACUCCACCCAUCUCCCCAGCUUCCUCGGACCUAUCGGUGAAUGGCUCCUUGCCAGACAGUUUCAAUGAAGGACCAAUGUCUUCCCCACAUUUUGUCUUGCACCCUUCCCCUGUGCAAGGAGGGUGUGAAGAAAGCAUGAUGGGAAGCGUGAAUGGAGCUGGCAUCCAGCUCGACGUGGAAAGGGUUGACACAGAGAAAGACAAGAUGCUGGUGGAAAAGCAGAAGGUCAUCAAUGAGCUGACCUGGAAACUGCAGCAAGAGCAGAGGCAAGUGGAAGAGCUGAGGAUGCAGCUGCAGAAGCGCAAAAGGAGCCACGGGUUGGAGGAGAAGCAGCCCUCUCCACAUUUCUUUGGCUUUCCGAUCAAGCAAGAAAACCUAGCGUCCAGUUGUCCCUUUGCCUCUAAGCAAGCUCCCUUGAAAGGCCAGGCUAGCAACUCUGACACACUGAGAAACUGUGGGACACCUCAGCUGCCCCAUCUUGUAAAUAGCCAUUGCAUGGAAUCGUCAGGACAGAGCGGCAUACUGUCCUCCACAUUCCUAAGCCCACAGUGCUCUCCCCAGCAUUCCCCACUAGAGGCAGCAAAGAGUCCACAACACAUCAGCCUUCCACCCUCACCAAACAGCCAUUACCUCCUCUCUGUGUCCCCCAACACUCAGGGAGAAGGACGCAGCAGCUCUCCACAGCCCAGCAGCCAUCUUCACACAGCUCCGGUGCCAGUACAAGGUAGUCAGAAGUAUUCCAUUCUGUCUCCUGGCUUUUGCAAGUCAAAUGCUGCCCUCCCAGAUGGAAAGCAGCCACCACCCUAUGCUGAUGCUGUGAAACAGCAGUUGACCCGAAGCCAGCAAAUGGAUGAACUGUUGGAUGUGCUUAUUGAAACUGGAGAAAUGCCUGCAAAUGCCAAAGAGGACCGCCCUUGCCUUCAGAAGGUGCCUCAGAUAACAGUGUCUUCGGGGACCUCCAGCACUUCCUCGCUACUGAAGACAUCUGCUGCAUUUGAGCAAGGCCCCUCAGGUCAGCUGUCCUUUGAACACUGCCCUAGCAGCAACGACAGUCAUCUGGAAAUCUUGUUAAAUUCCCACAGCCCUCUGGGGCGGUCAAGUGAAAUCACCCUACUGAAAGUGGGUGAAGAACCACACUUUGAAGGGGUGAUGGAAGGAUUUUCCAACAAAGCUGCCGAUGAACUGCUCACACCCCACGAGAUCCUGCCCACUCCCCUGUCGCCCAUGGAGACCCAGCUGUCUCCCUCUUCUGGAGAAGGAACUGGUUUGCACAUGAGCUUCACAGAAUCUCCUUGGGAAACAAUGGAAUGGCUGGACCUCACUCCGCCUAGCUCAGCCAAUGGCUACGGUUCCCUCACCACCACUGGGCCAAGCAUCUUCAACAUUGAUUUCUUAGAUGUUAGUGAUCUCAACCUGAACAGUACCAUGGACCUGCAUUUACAACAGUGGUGAACAGAACAAGCCUUAUGUGUGGGGAUGCAGCUAAACACAAAUGGAUUCCCAUUAAAGAGACUCAGAUACUUUUAUCAGAGAGCUCUGGUGACAGCCAGGGAGAAGAAACUGGAGUCAGUUUUCCCAGGACAUUCCCCUCCUCUAUUACAAAUGAAAUUGCCAGAUAAUCUCCCACACACCACAAAGCAAAUCUCUGGUGCAGGAGUCUCCUCUUCAGCAAGCACAGCUAACUUUAGUAGCUUCCACACCUCUUCCAAGGAAGACUCACUGUGCAGUAGAAUUAUGUUUGGUAUGCAUGUCCAUUUCAUCCCUAACAUAUCUAUCAUCCGGAUCAGGUUCUGCUAUAUUGUCUCUUACUACCUACUGUGGAAAAAAUUUGGUUCACUUACAGCUUCCAACACACUACAUGGCAGCCACUGCCUUUCCUCCUGAUCAUAUACAUGAAGACUUAAAAAAA